AACUAUCAUGUUUAUAUUCUGAUACAGUUCUGCAGACAUGCUUAGCUUGGCUUUUGCUGUUUAUUUCCUUUUGACUGCAUUUUCAGUGUUAUCUUCAUGUGGCCAUUCAUCACUUGGCUGCAAUGAAGAACAGAGGCAAGCUCUUCUAAGGAUCAAAGGAAGCUUCAAAGAUCCAUCAUCUAGGCUUUCCUCUUGGGAAGGAAGUGAUUGUUGCCAAUGGAAAGGUGUAGUCUGCAACAAUAUUACCGGACAUGUUGUCAAGCUUGACCUCAGGAAUCCUUGCUUCCCACUGAGGCACCAAGGAGAUUUUCAACCAAACAGUAACGCUCUUGAAGCUCAAUAUGUUCACCCUUCCAUAUUGCAGCUUAAAUAUCUCACGUAUUUAGAUUUGAGUGGAAACAACUUCCAUAAUAGUUCAAUACCAAUGUUCUUUCAAACUAUGCAGCAUCUACAAGUCCUUUAUCUCUCUUAUUCUAAUUUUUCUGGGAGAAUCCCACACAAUCUUGGGAACCUCACAAAAUUGGGCCAUCUUGAUUUCAGCUUCAAUUCUCUUCUGUAUGCUGAUGAAUUCUAUUGGAUUUCUCAACUUUCAUCACUCCAAUACCUUUACAUGAGCGAUGUGUAUCUUGGUAAGGCGCAAAAUUUGUUGCAGACACUCAACAUGCUUCCUUCUUUGGUAGAAAUAGAAUUGAUGAAUUGUGGACUCAGCAAGUUACACACUCAUCAACUUGUUAGAGUCACAAACCUUUCCAGAUUGGAAGUCCUCAAUCUAGCAGAAAAUGAACUUCAAGCUCCAUUUCUGGAUGCUUUUCAAAAUAUGAAUUCCAUUGCAGAGAUUGACCUUUCUUCCAACAACUUGAAUUCCACUCCAUUUUGGUUGGGAACUUGUACUAACCUUGUCCAUCUAUUUCUCGAUAGUAAUGCUCUUUAUGGCUCACUUCCAUCUGCUUUAGAGAAUCUGACUUCCUUAGUUUCCCUCGACCUCUCAAAAAACAAUUUUGAUUCUGUUCCAUCCUGGUUAGGGGAGUUAAAGGGCCUUCAAUACUUGUAUCUUUCAGACAAUGAUUUAAAACAUAUUGAAGGAUCUCUAGCAUCUAUUCUGGGAAACUGUUGUCAUCUUCAUACAUUGGAUAUGUCAAGAAACAAUCUUCAAGGAGACGCAAUUGGAGUCUAUAUACAGUCUGGAUGCAUUAGGUAUGAUUUAAUUCAAUUGGGUUUGAGUAACAACGAAUUUAAUGAUAGUUUGCCACCAUGGUUGGGGCAACUUGAAAAUCUAAGUGACUUGGUUAUGUAUGAAAGUAAUUUGCUUGGGACCCUUUCUUGUGAUAUGAUGACAAAACUAGUCAAUUUGGAGUCAUUGGUGCUUUUCAAUAAUAACUUUACCGGGUCUCUUCCUGACUGUUUUGGGCAACUUGUCAAGUUAGACACCUUAGUUCUUUCUUUCAAUCAUUUUCAUGGUGUCAUUCCUAGGAGUCUAGAGCAACUUGUAAGCCUAAAAUAUCUAGAUCUUUCAAGAAACUCUUUAAACGGUACAAUUCCUCAGAAUAUUGGUCAACUUAAAAAUUUGAUCAACCUCUAUCUUUCUGAUAAUAAUUUACAUGGAAGCAUUCCUCAUAGUCUUGGUGAACUUCUAAACCUGCAAACAUUAGACAUGUCCCUGAAUCAUUUGGAGAGUUUGGUGUCUGACAUAAGAUGGCCUAAACAACUUGUCUACCUGAACCUUAACAAUAACCAUAUCUCUGGGUCACUUCCCCCAGAUUUUUCAGAUAGGUUGCCCAAUGCUACUCACAUGCUUCUGGGAAAAAACCUUAUAAGUGGUUCCAUUCCAAAUUCAUUGUGCAAGAUAGACACAUUGUACAAUCUUGACCUUUCAGGCAACAUGUUAUCUGCUGAAAUUCCUAAUUGUUGGAGUGCUUCUCAAAGACUCAAUGAGAUAAAUUUGGCAUCCAACAAAUUAUCAGGUGUUAUUCCAAACUCACUUGGUAACCUACCAACGUUGGCAUGGUUGCAUUUGAACAAUAACAGUCUUCAUGGGGGGAUUCCAUCGUCUUUGAAAAAUUUAAAACAUCUUUUAAUUUUGGAUCUAGGAGAGAACCUUAUGUCUGGGAUUAUACCUUCAUGGAUGGGGAGCAUUUUCUCCUCAAUGCAGAUUCUAAGGCUGCGGCAAAACAGGUUGAAUGGAACAAUUCCUUCACAACUGUGCCAACUUUAUGCUUUGCAAAUCUUGGACCUUUCAAAGAACAACUUGACAGGCUCAAUCCCUCUCUGCAUUGGAAAUCUCACAGGAAUGGUUUCAAGAAAUAAAUCUUUUGUCACCCAACCUAGUGAAGGGCCUAGAUAUUCUGAAUGGUAUGAACAAGAGGUCAGACAAGUCAUAAAGGGAAGGGAACUUGACUAUACCAGAAAUCUAAGACUGGUAGUCAACAUGGAUUUGUCAAAUAACCAUUUGAGUGGAUCUAUUCCUGAAGGGAUAACAUUACUUUCUGCAUUGCAAGGCCUAAAUCUAUCCUACAAUCAUCUGUCAGGGCAUAUCCCUAAAAGGAUAGGAGACAUGAAAUCACUAGAAUCUCUUGAUCUCUCUCAUGACCAACUUUCAGGAACGAUUUCAGACAGCAUGUCUAGUUUAAGUUCUUUAAGCCACUUAAAUUUGUCCUACAACAACCUUUCAGGACCAAUUCCCAAAGGAACUCAAUUGUCAACCCUUGAUGAUCCUUUUAUUUAUACUGGCAACCCAUUUCUUUGUGGACCUCCACUGCAAAAUGAGUGUUAUGCUGAUGAUUUCCAACAUGGCAAUGAAGAUGAGGAAGGAAAAAAAGAUGAAGUAGAGAAAUUGUGGUUCUACUUUGUCAUUGCACUUGGCUAUGGUCUUGGAUUUUGGGCUGUGAUUGGAAGCUUAUUGAUGAAGAAAAGUUGGAGGCGUGCUUACUUUCAAUACAUUGAUGAGUUAACACAGAGGAUGAACGUAUCAUGGGCAAUACAUUUAGAAAAUUUCAAGGAAAGACUUACUGGAAACCCUGUUGCUGAGUGACACAUUAUUGUAAUAUUUAUAUGCCUUCUGUUUCUAUUUUAUGUGCUUGUAGAUUUCAUGUUUAUUUUGCUUGAUAAGUAAUUACUUCACCUUUGUAAA